AUGAAACAAGCAUCUCGUAUUCGUGAUAAUAAAAGACGACACAACUUAAUUGGUGAUGCAUUACAACAGUUACGUAGUCGACAAAAAGAAGCAUCAAAAAAAUAUCGAGAAAGAAAAAAACUUGAACGUAUGAAUAAUAAACAAUCUUCAUAUAAAUCUCGGCAGUCAUUUGGCAAAGCAGUAAAACGUGUUACUGAAUCAUUACCAAAAGAUACAAAUAAAUGCAUUAGUGUGAUACGUCAUAUUGCACAAGAACUUAAUAUUAUUCCUAAAACAACAUCUAGUCAUAAACGUGAACAACGUUCAUUACCAAAUGAUUUAAAAAAAUUAGUUAUAGAAUUUUAUCAUCGUGAUGACAUUAGUUAUCAGUUACCUGGUAAACGUGAUUGUAUUUCAAUCAAAGAUGAUAAUGGUAACUCAACAACAGUACAAAAGAGAAUUCUACUAUUAACUAUACGAGAAGCUUAUCAACUAUUUUUAACCGAAUAUGAUAAUGCAAAUACUAAACUAUCAUUAACAUCAUUUUAUGAUCUUCGACCAUUAGAUGUUUUACUCCAGUCACAUAUGUCACAUCGUAAUUGCUUAUGUUCUUAUCAUGAAAAUGUAAAUUUAUUAAUUAAACCAUUGUCAAAAUACAUUCGAUGUCCUGGUUUAAAAUCUUUACAGGAAUUUUCAGCAGCACUCGUCUGUUGUGAAACAGAUGAAAAUUGCAUGUUUGGUCGAUGUUCCUUGUGUGAAAAUAAUUUUAACAAUAAUAUAGCAAAAUACGUUAUUGAUUCCACACAAGUAAUUAAUUGGUAUCAAUGGGUAUUAAAAGAUGGUUAUUCAAGAAAAGUUGAAUUUAAUGGUACAGUUGAAGAUUGUUUAGCAAUUUUAAAAUCAAAAAUUGGUCAAUUUUUAACUCAUGUAUUUAUCAAGCGUCAACAAGCAUCUUAUUUUGAAAAAAUGAAAACAAUUUCAAAUAAUGAAAUUAUUUGUUUACAAAUUGAUUUCAGUGAAAAUUUUCGAAUAGAUGUUCAGGACUCUAUACAAAGUGCAUAUUUUUCAAAAAAUGCAGUUUCAUUAAUUACUUGUUAUGCUUGGUGUUCAAAUAUAGGAUAUUCAUUUGUUUAUGUGUUAGAUAAUCUUACACAUGACAAGUAUUGUAUCAGCACGGCAUUGGAACAUUUAUUUUCUAAAUUAAAACAACAAUGUCAACAAUUAAAGGAAAUUCAUGUAUUCUCUGAUGGUGCAACCCAACAGUUUAAACAAAAAUACUUGUUUAGAAAUCUUUGUCGUUUAGCUGAAGAUUUUCAAAUUGAAUUAUCAUGGAAUUUCUUCGCCACCUCUCAUGGGAAGGGGGUGGUCGAUGGAAUUGGUGGAACAGGCAAACGCUUUGUGUACAAAGCAGUAUUGAGUGGACAACAAUGCCGCUCAGCGGCUGAUUUUGUGAAAAUUGCUCAGUCAAAGACCAGUAGUAUCAAUUUUUUUGAGUUAGAAGAAAGUCUUAUUGAACAAUCAAAAACAAAAAUGGAACCCAUUUUUCAAUCAACAAGAACAGUACCAGAAACGAAGAAGAUCCAUUCAGUUAAAGUAAUUGGAAAUAAUACAAUUGAAUAUAAAUAUUAUUCGAAUAGUUCAACAAAAAAGACAUAUCGAUUUUCAAAUUGA